CUCGUUAAAUUAUAAUAAUUAGAUAAUUUAUCAUUUUUUCCUUUUUUUUCUGCCGUAAUAAUUACAACAAAUGUACCGUAACCAUUAUAGGCUACCAUCUUAUCUAUUAUACUAAUAAAUUACAUUAUUACAAUACGUUACAAUGGUUUGUGAGGUUUGUUACCUUAUAAAUUUCUAAUAAAUGAAAUCUCGCAUCUCUUUUUUAUAUUUAGAUUAUUAUUUUUUUUUAAAAAGAAGAUACAGUAGGCAAGAAUUGUCAUUUUCAUCAUUUUACUUAUGGCUUUUAUGGGUUUAAAAAAAAAUUUGGGAUAAUCCCCCUUUGAUUCUUUGAUUAUCCGAAUUAUAUAUAAUCUUGCCAUUCCCACCAAAUUUUUUUUUUUUUUUUACAGAAUCGUCAUAACAAAACGUAACAUCAUAAAUCUAAAACCAAUAUGAAACCUCAAAGCUUUUACCUUCUUACCGUCUUUUUCAUGUGUUUAUUUGUUCUUAAAAGCCAAGGUAUAGUUCUUAUCAUAUUCAGUAUUUUCUCCAUUCUCUUUUCUAAUAAUUCGACUUUUUUUGUUUUAUGUAUAGCAACUAAGGUCUCAAUAUUGGAGAAUGUGGGUGCUUUUUGCAGAAUUUGGAUAGAAGAUUCAAAUCAUAAGCGCAUAGCUGGUGAUGGAAAAGGACAUUACCGUGUUUGUGAUACAGUCAGUUAUAACCACAUUGAAUUUAGCGAUCAAGAGUACUAUAUUGUUGCGAAAGUUUUAACUAGUUUUGAGAAACAAAAACGCCGAGGUCCUUUCAAAGGCGAACAUUACUGUUCUAUACAUGGCGAAGUUGAUAGUUGGGAUUUUGACUGUUAAUUGGUUAUUAAGUUAUUAUCCCAUCGAUAUAGUUGAAAGACGUGAAUCCAUUAUAUCCAUUCCUGUAAUUUUUAUUCUUUAUUUAUCAUAUUUAUAUUAUUUCUAUUAAUUAUAUUAUUAUUAGUCAUAAUUAUAUUAUUUAUUAGUCAAAUUAUUUUUAUAAGUAUUCUUUCAAAA